GUUCUUGCUUUUCAAAACAGCCAAAAUCCCACCCAGAUAAUUUUGGAUUCACUCUUCCUAAGAAAUACAGGAACUAUUGAGAACUUCAAAGUUAUGGACCCGAUCUGGCCCAACUGAAGGUGUACAAGCGAGAGAAGGCGAUAGAGAGAAAGUAAAGAGAUGGUCAAAGAUAAAUACCAGCAGAAGUUCCAACCAUACCAGUCAAGGCUCGGGAAUAUGAAGAACUUUAGAGCGACUACAACCUUCUUUAAUCAGCCAAGUUUUAAGAGAAAACAGACUAAGAGAAGUCCUUCACAAGAUAAGACUAACUUCAGUACAAAUUCGGGAGCCCUAGCAUCAUCUCCAAACACUGACUUACUCGAAUCCUCAAGGAUACCAACAACAAUGGGGAGGAUAGAUAUCUGCACUAGAAACGGGGAUAGUUCAAUGACUCCUGAUGCGUUUCUUCCCAAAAAUUCCAAGAAGCACCAGUACUAUUUCAGCGAAGUGAAGCGUGCUUCAGGCCAUACGCCUUGCCAGAUCUUUACCGAUAUUCAGAUGAAGAAAUAAACUUGAUACUCAUAGUGGUAACACAUCCCAUAAGAUGAGGGCCUAUGACGACCAAGCGGCCUCGAUAAGGCUUGAUUCCAGAUUUCCUAAAAUAAAGUCUUUAUCUCCAGUCAAAAAUACAACUAUUCAUGAACCUCUUGCAGCGACCACAAUGCAUUUUAACGAGAGUGUGCUAUGACAAAAAUGGAAAUAAGCCGACCACUAAAUUUUAUGAAGCUUAUAAAAGCUACCUUAAAUCCCGUAAAAAGGCAGAAAGAAUUUGCUCAAAACACAAACGGCUCCAACUAAUGUAUGAUACCAGAAAAAUCUCCCCUGAAAGUUUUAAAUAA